AAUUUAAUUUAAUUCGAUUCAUGUGUUGAUCACUACUAUUUAGCAACAUUCGGCCAAUUUACAGGUUAAAUUUAGAAUUCAUCGAUUAAAUCACAAGCUCGGCUAAAGAGAGCUAAAGACUGCAUCGAACAAUCCAAACGACUGAAAAAUUUUCAUGAUCGAAAACAGAAGAGAAGAGGAGAGCAAUUAAAAGAGGACAUUUUUUCAUAAGAAAUAAAGAUGUUGAGGCUGCUUUCGAAACCGGUCUUCCGCCACGGCGCUCGAUUCAUGUCCACCAGCGGCAGCAACAUUAUCCCUGUCGCAGAAGUGACCAGAUUUACGGUGGACUGCCUGAGGGCGGCCAAAGUCUCUCCCAGCCACGCACAAAUGUUGGCCGACGUCCUCGUUGCUGCUGACUACCGAGGACACUACAGCCACGGAAUGAACAGACUUGAAAUGUACGUGAAUGACGUGAAAACAGGCAUCUGUGAUGGCAGUGCGGUGCCAAUUAUUGUGAAAAGCACUUCAGCAACAGCGCUAGUCGACGGCAAGAACGCCAUCGGGCCCGUCGUCGGCAACUUCUGCAUGCAGCUGGCGAUUAAGAAGGCCAAAGAGACCGGAGUCGGCUGGGUGGCCUCCAAAGGGUCCAACCAUUACGGCAUCGCUUCUUGGUACAGUUUGCAGGCUGUGGAACAAGGAAUGAUUGGUCUGUCCUUCACAAACACUUCCCCGCUGAUGAGUCCAACCAGAGCGAAAGUGCCGGCGUUGGGUACAAACCCUCUGACCCUGGCCGCACCUGGCAAAGACGGCGACUCUUUUGUGCUGGACAUGGCCACUACAGCCGUCGCCCUGGGAAAACUUGAGGUACAGAGGCGCAAGAACGAGCCUUUGCCGAGUGGCUGGGCGCAGGACGAGACGGGCGCAGAAACGACCAAUGCGGCCAGGGCAGUCACCAGGGGCACCCUGCUGCCCCUUGGUGGCACUGAGAUUUCUUCAGGGUACAAGGGCUUUGGCCUCUCCUUCCUUGUUGAGCUGCUCUGCGGUGUCCUAUCUGGUGCCACUUACGGUCCUCACAUCAGGCGUUGGAUGACAACUGACAGGUCCGCUGACCUCGGCCAGUGCUACAUCGCUGUCAACCCUGAAGCGUUCGGGCCAGGCUUCCCUGACAGAUUGCAAGACUUGAUGGAUUGCAUCAGGAACUUGGAGCCGAGUGACCCGAGCCUGCCGGUGCUGGUGGCCGGAGAUCCGGAGAGGAUGUGCAUGGCACUGAAUGACAAGCAGGGCGGCAUCAAAUACCACGACAGCCAACUCAUCGCCUGCAAGGCGUUGGCCAACACGUUGAACGUCAUUCCACUUCGACCCCUGUGAUUGAGACUGACUUUGCUUCCGCUCAAAUAUUUCAUAGAGUGAGACACAAUCAAGUCGAGUUUCCACGUAUUUAUUAAGCUUUACAAAUCUUUUUACUCUUAUUUACUUUGACACAUGUUGAAUUUGUGUGUAAGUCGCUCGAUAUCACAAUUAUUAUCAUAUAUAUCGUAUAAAUUUAUAUACCAACUUAAGUUAAGGUUCGUGGUUAUGGCAAUAACUUUCAACAUAAAUAAUUCCUUAAAUGUACAAUUCCGAAGGUUUGUUUUUGAGACGUUUAUAUUUUGCUGGCGGCGCGCUCGACGGGUCCUCUUUUAUAUCACGAUAUUUUUUUAAUUUUUAGAAUUGUGGAAAAUAGUCACAUUAAUCGAACAAUUUUUCACAUUCCUUUCAGGACUGUUUGAAGCAAUAUAAUAUAUUUAGGACUUUUUGAGGCGAGAAACCCCGAGUCGCCGAUCCGCCCAGAUCAUUGUUACAGUUGAAAUCGCGGGUACAUUAAAAUUAGAUUGACUACCUCA